AGUAGCUGCCGAGCUGGAGAAUCAGCUGCAGGAAAACACUGCUGGCGAGUGUGAGCCACCAUGGCUGCGGAAAUUCAUUCCAGGCCCCAGACCGCCCGGCCGGUUCUUCUAAACAAAAUCGAGGGACACUCGGAUGCCGUGAACGCAGCGGUUUUAAUCCCGAAAGAAGAUGGAGUUAUCACAGUCAGCGAGGACAGAACCAUCCGUGUUUGGCUGAAGAGAGACAGCGGUCAGUAUUGGCCAAGCAUUUACCACACUGUUUCAUCUCCGUGUUCUUGCAUGUCGUACCACCACGACAGCAGACGCAUCUUCAUCGGGCAGGACAAUGGAGCCGUUGUGGAGUUUCUCAUCUCUGAAGAUUUCAACAAGAUGAACCAUGUUAAAACGUAUCCAGCCCACCAGAACCGUGUGUCAGACAUGGUGUUUUCCCUGGAGAGCGAGUGGGUGGUGAGCACGGGCCAUGAUAAGAGUGUGAGCUGGAUGUGCACCCAGAGCGGCAGCAUGUUGGGUAGACACUACUUCACUGCUUGGGCCUCCUGUCUCCAAUAUGACCAUGAGACUCAGCAUGCCUUUGUGGGCGACUACUCAGGACAGAUCACGCUCUUGAAACUGGAGAAACAGACGUACUCCAUCAUCACGACACUGAAAGGACAUGAAGGCACUAUAGGGACUCUGUGGUGGGACCCGGUCCAAAGGCUGCUGUUCUCCGGAGCAUCUGAUCACAGCGUCAUCAUGUGGGACAUUGGGGGCCGAAAAGGACGGACUCUGCUAUUGCAGGGACACCACGAGCGUGUCCAAGCUUUGCGUUACCUUCAGUUGACAAGGCAGCUGGUGUCAUGCUCAUCUGACGGCGGUGUCGCUGUGUGGAACAUGGACGCCCCAAGAGAAGAGGCUCCUCAGUGGUUAGACAGCGAUUCUUGCCAGAAAUGUGAGCAGCCUUUCUUCUGGAACAUCAAGCAGAUGUGGGACACUAAAACGCUGGGUCUCCGGCAGCAUCAUUGCAGGAAGUGCGGUCAAGCUGUGUGUGGGAAAUGCAGCUCUAAACGCUCCACGUUCCCGAUCAUGGGUUUUGAGUUUCCUGUGCGAGUGUGUGACGCAUGCUUUGACACAAUCAAAGAAGAAGAUCGAACGCCUCUGGCCUCCUUCCACGAGGGGAAACACAACAUCGCCCACAUGGACAUGGACCCAUCCAGAGGCCUGAUGGUCACUUGUGGAAGUGACCGCAUUGUGAAGAUCUGGGACAUGACGCAAGUGGUUGGCUGUAGCUUAGCAACAGGCUUCUCUCCGCGCUGAUUGGGUCGACUCUGCACCGCCCUCCCAUUUGAAGAACGGCAGGCCACCCUCCUGGUGUCAUGGAAACCCCUGUGUAUAGUAUCCAACUAUCUGGACAUCAUCUGUGUGUGAGACGGUGCGCGCGCGUGUGUGUAUGUGUGCAUGAGAGUGUUGAUGUCUCCAGAUUCCAUCAAUCCGACGUUUGCUUUUGCUGCGAUCAGAACUCUCAAGCACAACUGUGUGAGCGUGGCGAUGAUUUCUCCUGAAAAGAGUUCGGCUUUUGGUGUUUACAUCCUGAUAUUUUGUGUUCCUCCUGUGGCCCCCAGCCCCCUCCUGCAUCUAACCCCUGCAACAGCAGCAACUAUCCACGCCCUCCAGUUUAUAGUAGAUGGUUGCUGUGUAUUUUGUAUCUCCCUCACUUCACCCGCUGGCCUUAAAUCAGUCUCAGGAGGUUUCACGUCACUGGGGGGAAACAAGCAAGGACUGCUGCAUGUUGAGAAGGUUGGAUGUGCGAGUCAAUGCACUUCACAUGACUUCCCAGGUGAGAUGUGGAGGGGGGUGUGGAUUUUGUUGCCACGGCAACAGCUGGUGUGUAUUGGAUCUGUGUCAUUUCAAUGAGGUGUUGUAAUCAUUUCAGUAAGCAACUCUAUAGAGACGGCACGCGCCGCGCGGCGUGUGAGAAAUGCUUAACGCUGUAAAUCUGAGGCUGAACACGAGAUACGUUUAAACUAGAAAGGCUCUUAAGAAGGGAUGGUACUCUCAAGUCAAUGUAGCACGUCGCAGCUGCUCCUUCCAAAGCCUUAACUAUAGAGAGACACUCACCCAGCCUUUUGGAUCGCCAGUGCUUAGAACUGUUCAAACAUCUGAUUUGGUCCCCAUCCUCUCCCCACCCACACGCACUCACCUGAAACAAGGAUUCGGCUGUACAUUUUAGCUUGCAGCUUCUACUGUAAGACCCAAGCUUCUUGCCUUACUAACCGCCGGGAAGUCUAACAUGGCCGCUCUGAUCUUCAAACUGUAGUCACAUUCCAGCCGUAGUGGUUAUCUAUAUUGGUGGUAUUUAUCUGUUUUCACACAAUGUUCGAUGACGAUUUAGUCCCUCAUGUUCCGUCCUCAUGGCAAGCUAAUGUAAUCCAAGCAGCAGCCCCCGUAAAUAAACUAGAAAUCUUUUUUUCUUGAAUGAAAUUGGUUUCAUGGUUUCACAGAAGUGAUGAAAAACACAUUUCCCAUGAUGCAAAGCAUCAAUAUCCAUCCACUGGGACUCGUCCAAAAUGUACAUGUCUGAAAGUUCAAUAAGUUUGUUUGUAUUUUAUCUUUUGUUUCUCGUGCGUUCUUCAAAAACAAUGGUUUUCUGCAAGUUAUUUACUACUUCUGGAUUAAAAUGUGGAAUAUGUUUUGAUGAUUUAAAGAAAAGAAAAGUCUCUUUAAUCUUUGGUGGAUAAUCUAAAUCCCAUGAAGUCAGAUGAGUUGAGUCAAAAUAAAGCAUUCAUUUAGACCAUUUAGUUCUAUGUGCAAGUUAAAAUGGGUUUGCAAAAUAACACUUUACUUAGGCACUUACUAGUUUUUAUUCGUUAAGUCGGUAAUGGUUUCUAAAAAAUGGUAACUAAUUAUUUUUUGGCUCCGUGUUAAGUAGGAACUGAAAUAUUGAUAUUGACUUUAUAGCGACAACAGAAGUGGCAAGCUUUUGAAUCUUUUGUUUUGGUACAAUAUUUGAAAUUACAUUUUAACUGGUCAUUGGUAUUUUAGAAUUUAUCAUUUGUCAAUGGCAAACUGGAUUUGUUAUUUUGAAAGUUGACCAUGUUUUCAUAUGAUUAGAUUUUAAUAAAGAUAGAAAAAAACAAGUGCUGGAAAUAAAUUUCAAUCAAAUUUAGCUCUUUGUUUAUUGUUGCCCAAGUCGCAGAUUUGAACCCGCAUGUAGCGACUAUGUUAAUCUUAUUAAAAGUUACUGAGUAAAUCUGGAAGUCAAAAACAUUUUUGGAUUUUACAGCCAAAAAAGUGUAUUUUAUGUUCCCUAACUCGAGCAGCUGAUUAACUAGGUUGGUCUUUAUUCCUAUGGGAUUAAAUGAGUUUAGUUUAGUUUAUUUUUUCAAAGUUUUAGUGGUUUGUUAUUUAUUUAUGUCCAGCGUCACCCCGGUACAUUUCACAGUUCAAUAUCAGGAACCAUCUUCAGGUCAACAGGGUCAUUGACGUUACUGCCAAACAGCCAUGUUUUGUCUCCAUAUUUCAGCCACAAAACCCGUUUGUAAUGACCAACAUUGGCACUGGAACGAAUGUGUCUCCAUCAACCCUUCUCCAUUGACCAGGACCAGUUUUUAUUUCCUCUUAUAUGUAAAUAUAUAACACUAAAUGAUGUUGCUAAUGUACAUCUUCAGAAGAAACUGUAUUUUUAAAAAGCUUUUGUGGAAACAAACAAUACUGACUUUGUUCUCCUGGGAGAAAAGAAUCAAUAAAGAUGUUCUGUUCA